AUGUCCAACGUCAACACCGGCAAGAAGACCCGCUCGGCCAUCGCCGAUGUGGUGUCCCGCGAGUACACCAUCAACCUCCACAAGCGUUGCCACGGUGUCAGCUUCAAGAAGCGUGCUCCUCGUGCCAUCAAGGAGAUCCGCGCCUUUGCCGAGCAGGCCAUGGGCACCAAGGACGUCCGCCUCGACCCCGCUCUGAACAAGAAGGUCUGGGAGGCCGGUAUCAAGGGCGUUCCCUUCCGUCUCCGUGUCCGCAUCUCCCGCAAGCGUAACGACGAGGAGGGUGCCAAGGAGCGUCUGUACUCCCACGUCCAGGCUGUCAACGUCAAGAACCCCAAGGGUCUGCACACCGCUACCGUCGAUGACGCGUAA